CCCUGCUCUCCUCUCGCAUGUUCUCCAGCCUGGUCCGCAUUCUGGCUGAGGCCCUGCUCGGAGCUGCGGAGAUCUCUGAGGAGGAAAAACUGAAGUUCCUACUUUUUUUAAUCACAUGGGCAAAGGCUGCAGAAGUUCUGAACGCCAUGAAUUUGAGUCGAGGGAGGUUUAGCUUUCCUGUGUCCAUGGAGUAACUUAGGCUUUUGGUACGUACUCAUUUCCCAAUUUUCUUUUUUUCCUUUGGGGGGGAGUGUGCUUCAGAGGAGUUUUGGUAAUGUGGGUUUGGUUUUUUUAAUACCAAGGCCAGCAAAAAUGUCAAUUUGAAGCCUUUCUCACAGCUAGGAAAAAAUUAAAACGUGCCUUGAUCCCAUGGAUCCUCUGAUAUGUCCAGGCUUCAGCCUUUCUUUAGUGAGGCUGUUUAUAGAGCCUGUCUUCCAUAUUCUUGUUUUCACAAAUGUUCAGAGAACAAAUAUGAAUGAUCUCCCUUUGUUGGAGUGACCAGCAGCCUUUAGAUGUAGAAAAAGCCUGAAGUGAUAUAUUGUUGUUCUCAUUUGCUCUCUGAAUAAACAUGGAUGGUAUGUUUCCUUGGUUACAAAAAAUGGCAAGUGGUGGUAAAGAGAAUCCUUCUCUCACUUAUUACAGUAAGAUCCUUUCUUCUUGGAUUUGUCCCAUUAAGCACAAGGACUGGGAUCAUUAAGGACACUUGCAAAGUACAGAAUUUGUGACAGCACUAUCACUGCUGCUCAGGGCACUGUUGGCAUUUGGACCUGAUGGCUUCACUGGGAGUGAAAAGAGCUGUGUGCUCUGGCAGGAUCAGAGUUCACAGACUCCUGGAAGAAGCCUUCAGGUCUGUUAAUACUUCAGUGAGGUUGGACCACUGUUCUAAACAGACUGGAAGGAGGUAAAAGAAGGAUUUGCUGAGAACUGGAAUGAAAUUCUGGGAACAGCAGGCACUGCUAUCCAUGGGCUUUUUGGUGAUGGGAUGUCAGAUUGGUCAUGUAUAAACUGUGCUAGCACAGCAUGAAUCAGAUUGCCUGGCUUUCUGUGCUAACUCUUCUGGAGUUCCAUAAUUAAUAACCCAUUUAGAAAAGACUAAAUAGUCCUCAAAUCAGCUGUUGACAGAGAUGACAAGAAGAAGGAAUGUCUACAGUGUAGCACCACAGGACAUACUCAGCAACAGAUGUGGAGAAAAAUGGCUUUGUCUUCACUGUCUCAAUAGCCUCACCAUCUUUCUGCACUGGUUCACGGGUCCAGGCCACUCUCCCACCCAUCCCUUGGGGACAAGAUGGUGCUGUUUCACACUGAUCCUCCCAGACUUCUCCCAACAUGCUGACCUGUUUUCCUGUUUUGUUUUUUUUUCGUAGGCUAUCAUUCUGGUACAUUGGCUGCUCACAGUGUGGGGAUGCAUGAAUUACAUGUUGCCAGUCUCCUAUGCCUGGGGAAAUUUCACUGUCCUUGCAGUGGGAAUCUGGGCCAUUGUACAGAGAGAUUCCCUUGAUGCCAUAACAAUGUUCUUGACUGGCCUGCUGCUCACAGUCCUCACAGACAUCAUUCACAUCUCUAUCUUCUACCCUUCACAUGACUUCUCCAGUGAUGCAAAGCGUUUCAGUAUAGGCAUGGCCAUCUUCAGUCUCCUCCUCAAGCCCGUGUCCUGCUAUUUGGUGUACCGAAUGUAUCGGGAGCGUGGAGGAGAGUACACCUUUAACAUAGGUGCAGGUGGUGCAGGCCAGGACCGCAGCACCUACGAGCCCAUCGAUCAGCCAGAGGCUCCUCCACAAUGGCCUUCCUCGAGCAAGGCAGCCCAGCCACAGUACUGAGGCACCCUGCAGUGCAGGACACACACUGCCCUCACCAGCCAGGCCUUCCACUCCUCCCAUGGAGCAGCACCUGCUACUGGGCAAACAGGAGAAGAUCUGAUAUUUCUUUUGCCUACCUAAAGGUUAGGCAGAUGGGUUCUGCAGUAAGUCCAGAAGAUCUUGGAGGUGUUAUGUUAAGCACUGUGACUCACUGUAUAAUCCCAGUACUCUCCUUUCCUUCCUCCCCCUAAAUCCCUCCUCUGUACAUGUGUUUGGAUGCACCUUCUGCAAUCUUCCAGUCUUUCAUUGUGUUUCUUCUUUGUUAUAAGAGAACCACUCAAAGUACUCUUGGACAAGCAAUCUUUGAAAGGCUUAUGGACUGCCCUUAAACAAUACAGUAUAUCCUGAUUUUAUGCAGAUAUAUUUUCAGGAAACAUCUAGGAGUUCUCAAGAGCUGUUUUUGAUGGCAUUAUUUAACUUCCUGUGCUCCCAGUAUCUGGUAUUGGGUUUUAUUAACUGAUGCUUUUAUGCAAGCCAAAUGUCCUUCAGGAUACUUCAAAUGACUCUUGAAUGUAGAUCAUAGAUCCUUUGUGCCUUGAAAUAGCCUUUUGCCUUCACCUGCUUGUCUUAACAGAACUUGAAAUGUUACGUUUUUCUAAGAAAACUAUAAAAUGAACACAGGUUUUCUGUGUUAGAAAAAGUUACACUGGUCAC